GGCGCUAUCCCGAGGGUCGGAGGAUCCCGGCUGGAGGGAGCCGCGGCGCCCGGCCAUGCGCUGGGCGCAGUAGCAGGAGACGCGGACCCAAUGGAGCGGGCCGGGGCGCGGGGACUGCCUGGAGGCCGCCGUCCAGCCGGGCUGCGGCUCGCGCUCGCGCUCUGGCUGGUCCUACUACUAGCGCGGACGCCGUCGAGCCGCGCUGGGGCCCCCGAGGCGCAGGAGCCCGUGGCUGCGAGCGCAGCGGCCCCGACUGGCGGCGACCGCUGCCGCGGCUACUACGACGUGAUGGGCCAGUGGGACCCGCCGUUCAACUGCAGCUCCGGCGCCUACAGCUUCUGCUGCGGCACGUGCGGCUACCGUUUCUGCUGCCACGACGGGCCGCGUCGUCUUGACCAGAGCCGCUGCUCCAACUACGACACACCAGCCUGGGUGCAGACUGGCCGGCCGCCUGCUCGCGCCCGCGAUACCGCGGCGCCCCGGGACCCGGCCCGCGAGCGCAGCCACACGGCUGUCUACGCUGUGUGCGGCGUCGCCGCGCUGCUAGUGCUGGCCGGCAUCGGGGCGCGCCUGGGCCUGGAGAGGGCGCACAGCCCGCGCGCACGGCGCACGGUGACCAGGACACUGACAGAACUUCUGAAGCAACCCGGCCCCCAGGAACCACUGCCUCCACCUUUGGGCCCACCCCUGGGUAGCUGUGUCCAGGUGCAGAUGGGAGAUGGCCUUCCCCGAGGGUCCCCCCACAACAGCACAGACAAGAAACGCCUCAACAACGCCGCCCUGGGGUCCGCCACGCCCGCGCCCCCACGCCGACCCCGGUUGCAAGGAGGCGGCAACUUUACGCUGCAGCCCGACUACUCCAAGUACGCCACGCUCAAGGCGGCAGCCCGCGCCGCGGAGCCUGACGGGUCCCGCACUGUCCCCGCAGAGGCCGCCCCCCAGGACUUCUACCAGCGUUUUCCCACCGCCGAGUCGGCCCCGCGGACCCUCCCGGCGCGGGCCCCGAGGCCUCCCGAGGACUUGCCCGCGCUGCUCGGGGCCUGCCCCUGGGCCCCCCCGGGCUACGCGGCCCCUACCGGCCCCGCUCCGCCGGGGCCCUACGCAGCCUGGACCGCCGGGCGCCCGGCCAGGCCCGCCCCCCGCGGCCACCUAGCGGCCUAUGCCUCUCCCGCACCCCGGAGGCCCGGCCACGUGCCGCGGCGCCAGUUCAGCGUGGAGAAGCUGCCCGAGGCCUUCAGCGUACAGCACCCAGGCCUUUACUGUAGUGCGGGCCGCGGACCCCGGCACCUGAGCACCAACAGCAAAACCGAGGUCACCGUGUGAAGCUGGGCCACCCAACGGAGGCAGAGCCGGAAGCCCUCGACUGCUUGGUCCAGGGCCCCAGGGCACGAAGGAGCCCAACGCGGGCAUCCACCGAGACUAGACUGGGGGCCUUGGAGCCUGCAGGGCUG